CGCAUCAUCGCUCAAGAUCGCAACCCUCAACCCUUGAGCGAUUAAUGCAUCCAUAUUGGAUUGUCAUAAAUAGAGGGGUAUUGUGGAUCUGGUACUUGUAUCUUUGGCAGCGAGACCUUCGGAUUGGAUGAUUUAGAGCACUAUUCCAAUCUCCACUUUAUGCUCUCACUAGCUGGAAACAAACCUGAAAAAUUUCAUCAGGAUACCUAAACGCAAAUAAUCGGCAUCACUGGAUUGUAUGUGUUCUGACCAUCUGCAUAGAAUCUAGCCGUAACGAAGGGCGUGCCGAAGAGGCUGGAUUCGGCGCGCGCGCUCCAUCUCUUCACCUGCGCCUGCUGUGAGUAAAUAUCGUCUGCUAGCUGUACAACGUUUUUUUUUAUAAACCGGAGCUGAGCUGAGCUGUGGAUAUCAUCUAUUUAGAUUCGUUCAAUCGUAUAACAGAAAUUAUGGAUUCUCCUCAAAAUGGCCCCACUGAGAAAACGCAUAUUGUUGCCAAGUCAGAGGUAAGAAAUCCCAUCCCGUAUGAGGUACCCACCCAUGACAAGGCGGGGCUGGUGGACGCCGAAGCUACUGCUGAUGGGAAGCCAGUGAACAUCCAGGAGGAGAAGGAGGGGGAAAAUAGAGAUGCCAUGAGUGGAAUAUCCGGAGCAAGCCUUAACACUACCAACAGUAUCUUAGGAUCAGGAAUCAUUGGCUGUUCUGUUGUUAUUAUGGGUAUUCCAUACGCUUUCAUGAAAGCAGGACUUCCCCUUGGUCUCAUUUUACUAGUGGUCAUUUGUGGAAUAACAGAUUACUCCCUUCGGCUAAUGAUAACGAUUGGAGAGCUCACCGGAACUAGGACUUAUGCCGAAAUGACGGAAUCAGCAUUAGGAAUACCAGGCUAUUACGUGCUUUCUAUUGUUCAGUUCAUCUACCCAUUUAUAGCCAUGAUUGGAUAUAACAUCAUUAUAGGAGACACAAUCACUAAGGUCUUUGCAAGCAUGAUAGCAGAAACAAACGUUCUUGCCAACCGCUAUUUCGUGAUCAGCAUUGUUACCGUGUUAUUCAACCUACCUGUUUCCAUGUACAAAAAUGUAACAAAAUUAGUAAAGGCUGCUGUAUUAUCACUGGUAUUACUCCUGUUUAUAAUGGUCAUCGUCAUCGUUAGAUUGUCAACAAUGCAUGUACAACCCACAGAAAAUGCUUGGGUCUUUGGCAAAUCUACUUUCUUUGAAAGCAUAGGCAUCAUCAUGUUUGCAUUUAUCUGUCAGCACAAUUCCUUCCUGGUGUACGACUCCAUGGAGCAAGCCAACAGCAGCAAAUGGGCGAAGGUCACGCACAUAUCGGUCUUCGGUGCUUUCAUCAUGUGUGCCAUCAUUGGGAUAUGUGGUUACGUAACGUUCACCGGUCAUACGCAGGGUGACUUACUGGAGAAUUACUGCUACAAUGAUGUCUUGGUGAACAUUGCAAGGGUGUUAUUUGCUAUAACCAUCAUGUGCACCUUCCCUCUGGAAUGUUUUGUGUGCAGAGAGGUAAUAGAGAACGUGAUGGUCCGUCAAGGAUGGGUAGAUUCACCGCAGCCACUCCAGAGGCAUCUCAUUCUUACCCUCAUCAUCGUCGGUCUUGUUCUAGGGGUCUCCAUGAGCACAUCCUGCCUUGGAUUGGUCCUCGCUGUCAACGGGGUGAUCUGUGCCGUACCUCUCAUCUGCAUUCCAUCGCUGUGCUACCUACGAGUGGCGGAAGGCUCCAUCUACGGCCGAGACAAGCUCCCCUCCCUCCUCAUCGCCCUCAUGGGGGUCAUCAUCAUCAUCUCCGGCAUCGUCACCAUGAUCAUCGACCACAACCUCACCACCUGCACCCAGAGUGAGGGCUUCGCUUACUGCUACGCCUCCGACAUCGUCAACGCGUCGGUCACGCCUCUUCCAGCGAGCCUCCAACGGCUCUCCCCGGCGCUCCUAACUGGGAAGUCGUAGUUGCAUGUAUAGUCCGGCAAGAUGUGUUACUCUGUUUGUGUUUUCAAAAUAUUUACAUUAGUUUUUAUCAGUGUACAUGGUGUUGUGGUCGAGUGGAUAUGUCACUGGACUGUGGAUCACAAGGUCUGCGGUUCAAGUCACGCCGCGGCACUAUAUGUUCUUCGGCAAGACAUUGAUGUACAUUUGCCACUCUCCACCCAGGUGUUAAAUGGGUACCCAGUAGGAUGCGAAAGUUAAUGUGGUUGGAUUAGCAAGUGGCGCUUGUAAAAUUGUGACUGGUUGGAAUAUUCCCCAGGGAGCGGAAAAUGUGCAUACAUUGUUUGCGGGUAAGCCUGAAUUCGAUGACGGGGUAAUAAUAUGUGCUGCCCCCAUAAACAAAGUAUUAGGCGCAUUAUAAAUGUGAGCUAUUAUUAUUAUUAUUCCAAAACAGGAGGUGCCGGCCAUUUGCAACCCCUAUAUUGGACAAUGAAAAUAGAAUCAGAGAUGACUUGUAUUGCAAUACAUUAGCUAGUAGAUAAACCCUCUGGACAAAGAUUUAUUGUAAGAAAGAACUCUGCAGGAAAUUGUGGGAAUUUGUAAGGCUAAAUGUCUAGUAAUGAAGGCAUUUAGCACUCUUGUGUAUUAAAUGUACACAAUAGAGGUGUGAUGUCACAUAUUUUGCAGACAUCGGAAACAUUGAAUGAAAUAUAUGCUCAGAUUAUGAACAAGUCCAUUUAUGACAAUAAUGAAAAUAUUCUUACUGAAGAAAUAAGAAUACUUAAUUGACACAAUCUUUCAAAACUUGUCUUUGAAUGUUAGGGAUUUGCUCAAGAAAAGUAGUCUGUAUAAGAAUGCUUUUCCCUUCUACAAUCUGGGUAUACAUGCAGGGCCCACAAACUGGGAUAUCCUUGUACGAGACAUUGAAUUACAUUUUCCACUCCAGAAUAUUUCCAGUGCAAUAAAGUAGUGUAAUAACUAUUUUUAUUAGAGCAAGUUCAAGAUAUUUGUGUGCCAACAUUUCUUAAAACAUGAAAGCUUUUAGCAUACCCAAUGAUUCUGUUGAUAGCCCAGGCCAGUAGAGUUUGAAUCAGACCAAAUUACAAGGAAAGUGACAGUUGCAGUAUUCAUUUCGGUUUAUUGAAUAUCUGUGACUUGCCCAUUAAUAUUUUGCAGUGAAUAAAGUAUUUUGGAUUGUAAGGCUAGGAGUCUCGAUCGAGCACCCUGAGUGGAUGUUUGUUUUUUAUUAGUAUAUCCUUAUUGUUAUUUAUAUCAUUAUCAAUUGUAACUAUUUUAGCAAAUGCUUUUCAUAGAUACAGCCCAUUAUCUAUUAUGAUGUUGUGUGCUAUGUGUGGUAUAUGUUAUGUACAUUUUUAUUUGAAAUGGGAUGUUUUUAUUCUAUGCAUGCGACAGAUUAUGUAUAGAGAUGUAGAUUUGUAUUUUUGUGGUGAAACUGCAUUUUAUAUCUUCCUACUGGAAAAGAAUUACAUGUGAAAAGGUACAUGUAGACACAAAACUGUGCUCUAAUGGAAGGCAUAUAAACGAGAGACAAAUCCAAAAGUUUGGAACUCUAAAAUCAUGUGUAUUAAUUGGAAGCAUUGGAAAUUCGGAAUGUGCAGUAUGGAGAACUUAAAGUGUACCAAUCCCCAAAAGAUAAUUUGUUCUGAGUGUUAGUAGUGCCAUGUUGCUAUACCACAGUAAAACAAAAUUGAGCUUCAAAUAAUACUUCUGUAAAGAGAUUUUUGAGAGUUUAAAUAUAUAUAUUCUCAUGUAUUACAGAAAAGAGGGUUGUGAGAAGACUACUCGCCGCACUCGUUUGUGCUCGCAUUGAAUAGAGCCUGCAGGAAACCGAAGUCCAACUUGGGAUCCGUGUUUAAGCAGUUUUAUGUUGUUAUUUAUUUUCUUCAUACUCCUUAUUCAUUAACCCUUAGAAUGCUGGUUCAAGUUUUUGAGUUUGAGUUUAUACAUUUUAUAGCUAGCUGGACACAAAUUAUAUUUUUAGGUGAUUGGUACACUUGAGCUUGACAAAUGUGUAAUUUUUAGUAGCACAAUCAGUACACAUGUGUAGAAGUGUUAAAGGCACUUUUAAUGGACUGAGAGAUUAAUCUUGUAACCCUUGUUGCAAUAUAUGGUUGAAUGAAUUCAGAAUAUAUUAUGUUUUACAGGAAAAGGGAUUAUUUAUAUUUAGGUCAACCAUUGGCAAUAUUGGAAACAAGAUGACAUUUUUCCAGGUCAGUAAUAUGAAUGUUUUUGUUUUGCAUUACAUGAAAACAUAUGUGGACUCAUUGAAAUUUCUCUUAUUUUUGAAAAUUAAUCUUUGUAUGUGUACAUGUGUGUCUCUGACAUGUACAUACAUGUACACAUAUACAGGACAUCAUUUCUAGUCUAUUGACUGCACAAAUGGAGAAAGAAAUAAUGUAUUUUGUUUUUUGGACAAACCUUUACCAAAAUUAAUGAUUUUCUUUUGUUUGGACAAACUGUUACCAAAGAAGAUUACAGAUCGAUACAUGUUAGUCAAAUGUGUUCUUACAAGUAAUUUAUGAUUUUUGGAUGCAUUGAUUGGACAAUAUAGGCCAGUGUUUUACCUGAAACAUUGUAUGGGUUGGUCUGAUUUAUUCCUUUGCAAUAUAGGCCUAUAUAUUGAUGCAGUAGUAGUCCCAUGCAAAUAUAGUUUUGUAUUUAUUUAUUGUCAUUUAGUUCAUGCCAGAUACAGUAUAGGCCUAGAGUUGUACAACAAUUUAUAUAACUGUUUAAGAAAUGAACAGUGAAGGACAAAAAAACUUUGGGGGAAAAAAAGAACUCUUAUCAGGUUUGUGAUGAACUGUCUUGCUGCUAUGUUUACAGUUUUCAGUAAUAUAUAUUCUUAGGAUACAUUUAGGUACAUGGUAUUUUAAAUCAGAAUUUAAGUCAGAAUUUUUUUUUGCACAACAUUUACUUUUACUGACAUGUACUAUGAGGUAUAUUAUUGAUCUGAUUAAUAGAAAUGUAGAUUGUAUUCAUUGAGUAAGUGCUUGGUUGUGUGACAUAUAUUAUAUUUACUUUGUAAAUAAUAUUUGAAGCUUUGUCAACAAACUAUGUGAUAAACCACCUCUAAAACUUACCAUGGUGAAAUGAUAAAAAUUUUACUUACAAAAUGAACUGUCAAAACAAUUUAAAAAUGGUUGCAUGUAACAAUGGACCUACUAUGUAACAAUGCAACUAAAUGCUUGCCCAUAUGUGAUGCAGUAAAGUAAACUGCUGCAGGCCUUUAAAAAAAAGUUGUAGCAAUUGACAUACCUAGAUUGUUUUCUGCACCUCUCUGCACUGUUGUUUGCUUGCCACAUGUUCUAGCUAGGACAUUCUGCACUGGCUGCUAAAACUCAUCUUAAAUUGUCAUGAGUUAUCCAAUUAAAGAGAAUUUGAAAGCAUAUUCGACCCCAGCAAAAUUGCUGUUUUGGAGAAUUUAUUGCUGCAUGGUUUUGUGAACCACCAUAUCUCCUGUACUUGACCUGUUAGCGUACUUCAGUUUGCAAAACCAGCAACGAAUUGUAGAGAACAAGAGAGAGAAAGAGAGAAAUAGAGUGUACAGUACCAGUUUGUGGAAGUGAAUUAAAUAUUUAUUAUAAUGUAUAUGUUUACCUCUUAGUAAAAUCAAGCCAUUAUAAUUUCUAAAUUGCCAAAAUCGUGGUAUACCCAAAAGUUGUGUGUCCGGACAGUUGAUUUAAAUCGGUGAUACAAAGAAAUUUUCAUAAAAUGUUUUAUAAAUCUGUUAAGAUUUAAUAUAUUAUGAAAGAGAAAUAUUUAUGUUUUUUUUAGUGCUAAUUGAUGCAUACUUUUCUAUAUAUACUAAGACAAGGUGACGGCUUUAUUUCUCUUAAAAGCAUCCGGACACACAAUUCAUCAUACAUAUAUAAUUUAGACAAAGGCUUGUUCGACCAGUGGUAUAAAAAAGAAAAAAGAUUGCAAUAAUAACAAAAUGGUCAGUCAUGCACAACAUACACAUACUUGUGCAUGUUAUGUCUCAUAACAAUGUAAUAUUGGGCAUUUUUUCCCCUGUAGAACAGUACUUCAUACAUGCAGUAUGUAGCUAUAAAAUAUCAGUUGUAUAGACCGAUACAAGUACAUAAAAAUGUUUAUAGCGAAUGGUUCGUGUCAGUAGGAAAGUUGGUAUAGAAAGUGAUAUUUUUUCCUGGUUUGUGUCUCUUGUGAAAUUCUAUAUAUUUUAUGUGGACUUGUGUUCUUGUCUCUUAUUCUUCCAGCUAACUUUGUUUCCAUGACAAUCUUUCUUGUAUCAUUCAUUCCAUGCUUGUUCCCGACAUCAUGUGGAGUUUUAAAUUAUAUAUUGUGCAGAUUGACAUAUAGAUAUCUAUAUAUUGAUGAACUUAAAAA